CACCAUUCAUCAUGUCUACGAACCGGAAAAAGGUUCUCUUAAAGGUCAUCAUUCUUGGCGACAGUGGAGUCGGAAAGACUUCGCUGAUGAACCAGUACGUCAAUAAGAAGUUCUCGAGCCAGUACAAGGCUACUAUUGGUGCCGAUUUCUUGACAAAGGAAGUACUUGUAGACGACCGCCUAGUAACUAUGCAGAUUUGGGAUACAGCUGGUCAGGAACGAUUCCAAUCUUUGGGUGUUGCCUUUUAUCGUGGUGCUGACUGCUGCGUCUUGGUGUGCGAUGUGAAUAACAGCAAGAGUUUCGAAUCGUUGGACCAAUGGCGUGAUGAAUUCCUUAUCCAGGCAUCUCCCAGAGAUCCCGAUAGAUUCCCCUUUGUUCUUUUAGGCAACAAGAUUGAUGUAGAAGAGGCAAAGAGAAUGGUAUCUCAAAAGAGAGCUAUGGCUUGGUGUCAGUCCAAGGACAAUGUCCCUUACUUUGAGACAUCUGCCAAGGAAGCCAUUAACGUCGAGCAGGCAUUCCAAACGAUUGCACGGAACGCACUGGCACAAGAAACAGACGUGGACAUUGAUUUCCCUGAUACGAUCAAUAUACCUAAUGGACACCAGAACAAUGAUCCCGGAUGCGCUUGCUAAAUCUCUCUUCAAUAUCACCCACCUCUCCCAUUCACUUGUCCACCCAAAUGUUUCACUUAAUAGCAAUAAACCAGAAAAAAAAAGAAAACAAAAAGAAAAACAAACAAACAAGAGAAUAAUGCUACUAUGACUUUCAUACACUAUUUUUCUGUUGUUUGUUUGCUUUGUUUGUUUUGUUGGAUUUGCAUGCAUCGAUUUUUAACAAAAAAAAAUAUGUCUCGCUUGAACUCAU